GAGACGACCGGCUCGUGGGCUGGGGAGGAGGAGACUAGACUCCUCUGUCUAGGUCCGGUCUCCUGCGGCGCAAGCCCGGCGACUGCUCGCCGUCGGCGAUCGAUGGGUUACCGGUGGGACCGCGUCGUGCUGCCGGUGCGGCGGGUCUGGCUCGGCGUCGCCUCCUGCUUUGGGGUUCGCCAAACCGGGCUGUGGAGGCUGCGGCAGGAGGUGAGCACGUGCGAGUACGAGGACGUGCACGUGAUGUGGGAGAUGCUGAGCCGCACCACGGCGGCGCCGGCGCCCAGGUGGCCCUGCCGGCUCCACCGGCAGCCGCGGCCGUGGGCCGACAGGUUCCGCCUCUGCCAGGGCUUGUAGAUCGAGGUCGCCGCUCCAGCUCUGCUGCUGUUGCUGUGGAAUAGUGUUCUUCCUCCUUUGACUUUUCUUCUUUGGUUUUCUCUUGUACCUAUCCAUUUCCAUGGGCUCUGAGAUGUAGUCCAUUCCUCCUCGUGUAUCGAUCCGCUGUACGCUGCAGAUGAUACUACCGGGGUAUGUGAAUGAACAGAGCUAUUUUGAUCGGGUUUGUGUUCUUGUUUA